AAUGUCUCGAUCGAGCAUAAAGAUUCAACCUGGAGCUGUAAUAUGUGAGGAAAGUGAACUGGUUGGAGACAUCACAAUAGGAAGUCGAACAGUGAUACACCCAAAAGCCCGAAUUAUAGCCGAGGAUGGCCCAAUUAUAAUCGGAGAGAACAACAUCAUUGAGGAACUUGUCCAGAUCAUCAAUAGGAAUCCGGAUGGAAAAACUAACACAACACAGCAAGUGAUGAUAAUUGGUAACAACAAUGUGUUUGAAGUGGAUUCCUAUGUAGAAGCCACAAAAAUUGGAGACCACAAUGUUGUAGAGGCAAAAGCGAGGGUAGGUCGGCAAGUAGAGCUGACCUCGGGCUGUAUUAUUGGGUCAAAGUGUGAGGUUUCCAGUUGUGAAGUCCUGCCUGAAAACACGAUCAUUUACGGCUCAGAGUGUCACCGCAGGGUCGCUGCAGAUAAACCGCCGGCGCAGUCUCUACAGAUUGACUUCCUCGCCAAGAUCUUACCGAAUUACCAUUACCUGAAAAAGAUCAAGGCGGGAACUCCACAGAGAAAAUAGGGGAUUUUUUCCAAUUCAAUACAUCAGUGCAAUAUUUUCUGUUUCCUUGGAGCUUGGGUCUGCCACCUUUUGAUUUUCUGCUGAAGCUUGCUCUUUCUACAAUAGAACAUGUGUCACAUGUGUGUCACACAGACACUGCACUGCAGGAACAUUCACUACACAAGUGUGAAUGCCUUUGUAUGUAAAUUCAGGUGGUACAACCCUUUGAUAGGAAAGAGAACUCUUUACUGAAUUUUUCAAAUCAAGAGAUUAUUUCAGUCAAAUGUACAUGUCUUCUAAAAUUGAAAUAAAAUUAUGAAUGGA